CAUUCGCUUGGUGACGUCAGGACAGUGAAGGACUCCAGCCUAUCCUCUCUAAACAAUCAAGGCAAUGGUCCUUUCUGAGUCGCGGCAUACGAGGGAGACUUUUUCACUGCAAAAGCCAGGGAAACACGCAUCAUUGAAAUGAACCAGAGUCAAGUAGUCGCUAUGGAUUAAAACGGCAACUUUUAACGAUGGCUAUAAAUGUGAAAAAGUAGCCGAAACAUCAACAAAGCAGCAGACCGUCAGCAACCAACUAGAUGCACGAGCCUUGCUAGUUAUGAGUGAGCCGAGCAGUCACAAACCUGGCUGCAUUCACAAUUCCUCAGUAUUUUAACCGAACCAGGCUCGUGAAAUCUUUAGCGAAUCGUGUUACUUUCAAUUAUAUACAGUCAAAGUACGCUACACAUCUGAUUCGGAAAGAAUUAUGGCGGGGAAGCUGACAGCAGGCUCGGGAAUACUGCUCGUGACAGCCAACGUCGGAUCGCUCUUUGAAGAUCCUGAUAACCUGCAGAAGACAUGGCUGCGGGAAUUCUACCAGACGGUCCAAUCACACAAGCCCCACUUCAUUGCAGUGCACUGUCAAGAGGUGGGCGGGAAGAACUUUGAAGCGUCCAUGUCACACGUAGAUUGUUUUGUCAAAGAGCUGCUGUCCAGUGAUGCGAUGAAGGAAUACAACAGAGCCCGUGUCUACCUCGACGAGAACUACAAAUCCCAGGAGCAUUUUACAGCACUAGGAAGUUGCUACUUUAUUCACGAAUCCUUGAAAAACAUCCACCAGUUUGAUUUCAAAGCCAAGAAAUUCAAGAAGUUAGUGGGGAAAGAGAUCUACUCUGACACACUAGAUAGCUCACCCAUGUUGGAGAAAGAGAAGUUUCCUCAGGACUACUUCCCUGAGUGCAAGUGGUCCCGAAAAGGUUUCAUCAGAACUCGAUGGGCUCUGGCAGACUGCACCUUUGACCUGGUCAACAUCCACCUGUUCCACGACGCCUCCAACAUCCUGGCCUGGGAGAAGAGCCCGUCCGUUUACUCCGGGACGAGACAGAAGGCCUUGGGUUUCGUCUUAGAUAGGAUCACGGACCAGAGGUUUGAGAAGGUGCCCUAUUUUGUCUUCGGGGACUUCAACUUCAGGUUGGACACGAGGCAGGUUGUUGAGAGUCUGUGCUCCACCGCCACCAUGCAGACGGUCAGAGCAGGAGACACCAACUGUGUUGACAAGCUCAUAUUCCGAGAGUCUGAGAAUGAUCGCAAGGUUGUACUUGAGAUUGAAAAGAAGCUUUUUAAUUAUAUCAACCAGGACGUUUUCCGGGAAAACAAUGGGACCCUGUUUUUACAGUUUGACAGUGAGCUGUCCUGUUUCAAGGAACGGCUGCACGAGCUGGAGAUCUCCUUUCCUCCAAGUUAUCCGUACAGUGAAGACAGCAGUCAGGGAAAGCAGUAUAUGGUCACUAGAUGCCCUGCCUGGUGUGACCGUAUCCUCAUGUCUGCCACAGCUAAAGACCUAGUCUUAAAGCCUGAAAAUGAGGAGAAGACCUUGGUCUAUGACAAUAUAGGGGCCAAUGUCUGCAUGGGGGACCACAAGCCUGUCUACCUGUUCUUUCGAUUAACAGCCGGGGCAGGUAAACCUAAUGCAAAUAAGCACAAGUGUUGUAACGUGCAGUGAUGUCGUGGGAAAUGGUGCCAAAGGGUUGACAAGAUAUCUGCUUGAAGCGCCUCCAUGAUAAGAACCAAGAGUCAGACACCGGGCACAGACACACACACACACACACACACACACACACACACACACACUGAAGAACCUAUACACCCUGUUCAGCAGUGCUGAGCAGUUGCAGUCGUUUUCUAACACCUCAUCCAUACAAGCUGUUGUUUUUUCACUCAACCCAAGACACGUCUGAGAUGGGACACACUUCACUGACCUUACCAUCGCCUGGCAGCCCAUUACCCCAGAAAAAGGACAGACAACUAUUUUCCAUGACACAGCCUUGCUGCCAAAACUCUAAUAGAAAUCAGUCUUACUACAUUAUUUUAGAUACCAUAUUUGUAAUUUUAGGUAUGCCUCUACAUAGAAGCUACUUCCAUACAGUAUGUAAGAUGUUUUUAAAAAGUGCAAUGCAAAAAGUUGUAUAUCUAUAUUGUUAGGUUUAUUUGUACAGUAUAACAUAAAGUUGUUGAUGGUAUUAGUGUUGUUCUCUUCUCUUCUGACCAAACUUUGCGGUCCCACUGUUUAGAAUAGAUAGACAUUUUCAGUUAAUUACAAUGAUUUGUAUAUUUUUUUGGUUUUGUUUUUUGGGUUGUUUUUGAUUCAUCGUUGCUGACUUGUGUGCAUAACACACUGCCAUGCCUCACAGCUGAAUCUCAUUUUAUAUAUUGUACUUUUUAAAGAGAUAAUUUAUCAUUCUUACCAAACUUGUUAUGCUGAAUCAUAUGACAUCAUAUGGCUGCUUGGGAGUUCCGUCUGCCAUGACAUUUAAAUCCAUCAUUACAUGACGUUUGAAUCUAUCAUUACAAGCAAGAAUAAUUAAAUAAAAACAUUUCAGCCUACAUGAUUCGUAUAGCUUAUCCAAGAAUGUUUUAAGCAGUGCCAUGGACCAUACAACUAUAUAAGAUAUUGUUUCAUAUCUAGCAGUCUCACAUUAUUUCCUUAUUAGGCCUAUUCUUAUUCUAACUUAUUUCUAUGUAAUAAUAUUAUGGUUCUGAAUGUGAUGGAUUUUUUUUUUUUUUUUUUUAGAUAGGCUUGGGUAUUACAUUUUUUUACGGCGUUAUGGUGCCCAAGUAUUGUUCACGGAAAUGUGUGCGUUAACAUAAACGACUUAAGUCCAACUUGUAGAUAAAGGUUUUAAUUAUAUAUGGUUAAAAAAAACGCUAAAGGCUGGAAAGACCAGGAAGAAUUGCUUUUUGAUUUUAUAUGUAGCCUUCAACAGCCUUCACUGUAUUGCAAAUAAUUUCCUCUCAUCGCUCGUUAGAGCAUUAAACAGCGAUUAGGGGAGGCUGUUGAUGAAAUGCAAACGUUUCCUUUUAUUGAUUUAAUUUACUACACUACAGAGUUCACAGACUGUGUGAAGCCGUUAGAUUGAGCCUUGAUUUUUUUUUCCAUCUAAAUCACAGCAAGUGGAAAUGAUUUUGUGCCUGCGGCAGAAUUUAUGUUGUCUUGACAGUGUCAUUUGGUUCCUUGGCAAAACUUGUUUUUCCCGCUGGUCACGUGAUAAGAGAAGCCGCAGUUUGUUCACUCCUUUCAGCAGAUAGAGAUUAUAUUCUACCCCAUGGACCGCGUGGCCUCUAGUGUUGGUUAUGCGGUUCGCAAGCAAUAAAACCAUUAGAACUCAA